AUGUCUAAAGCUCCAAAGACAAAGAAGUCUGCGCUUCAUUAUCAGCCUUAUCAGGCCGUCGGCACUGGCGAAGGCAAUGAGCCGUCCAUGGAUCUCGGUAUUGCAGACAUUCCCUUACAGCUAGAUCCAGUGCUCACGGGUCUAUCGUCCAAUAUGAGCCGCAAUUUGUGGGAAGACUGGAAUGAAAAUGAUUCUCACUUUGGCAUGAAGUUUGACGUUCUAACAGAUGAAGUUAGUGCAGCCAGUACCACUAGCUCUAUGGACUCGCCACAUCAACAUGUGAAUGGGUCUAAUCUCACCUCUGGUCAUGAACAGCAGCAUACAUCGCCCAAUAUGACGAACAUGCAUCACUCACACACACAUGGAUGCCCAGAUUUAGCCACCACGGCAGAAUUACAGAAGCCUCGUCGGAAUAUUCAGCGAACUUUAAGCGAGGAGAUUGUCCAUCUGUUGGAUGAUUCUAAUGAUGCGACGUUUUCCAAGCAUUUGGAUGAAGAUCAGCGUGCGCAUAUCGCCAUGCAAAAUCUAAUGUUUGCUUCUGAACAAAAUGUCAUGAACUUCCAGCAUCAUCCGCCUAAUUUGCACCAGCAGCCCUUAAAUCAUAUGCAUCAAACUCAGCAGCAGCUAUUGCAAAUGCAGCAGCAAUUUCAGCAACAAUUGCAGCAACAGCAACAACAACAACAACAGCAACAACAAAUUCAGCAAGUAAUUUCAGGACAGUACGGCUCUAAUUUUAUGGACAACUUUGGUGGUGGUAACCAGAUUUCUGCAACCACUAGUGCCGCGGCUUCUGGCAAAUCCAGCAACCCGCCCGCCCAUCAACGUCAAUUUGUCUCCUCUGACUCUGUCCCUUCUUCGCACGAUUCCAGAACAUCCUCCGUUUUACAUCAAGUGCCGAAUUCAAGUGUGAACAGAGAAGCAACCGCGUCAGUGUCACAAGGUAGCGCUACUAGUACAACGAAUGGAGAGAACAUCUCCAACACUGAUGCCAAAACCGCAUCAAGAAGCACUUUUGAACCAGAAAGAAAUAAUUUGUCGCAACAAGCCAACACAUUCGGGUCUCAAGGAAUGGUAAUAAAUCCAUUUUUGAUGUAUUCAAUGAUGGGGGCCCAAGGAAUGAACAUGAUGGGUAUACCCAUACAAAUGCCCAUGGGAAUGAAUGUUAAUGCGAUGAAUGCAAUGAAUAGUGUAGCUGCAAUGAAUAAUCCAACCGGAAUGAGUGGAAUGCAAUUCGCGAUGCAGAUGCAAAUGCAGCUGCAGUUUCAAAUGCAAAUGGCGCAGAUGGCCCAAAUGAAUGGUCUCAAUGGGUUGAACAUGCCCAUGGGUUUCGCAGGAUUUCCCAUGGGCUUAAACAUGCAAGUGCCUCAAAAAGUGGAGAUACCACAGCAAGUUAAUCCUCAAAGUGGGCAGGCAAAUGACGUUGAGAUGACCACAAUAUUUCCAAUGGGAAUGCCCUCCGACGUUGGUACGGUGUUCAGACAAACUGGAUCGUUGCAGCCGCAAGGAGUGGGUGGAGGAGGGCCUAAUUUUGUAAGCAUAGCAAGGAAACCAGAAAAUCCUGAAGUAAGCAGUAUCUUAAAAUCGCUGAUGAAGGAGGAAGCUGAGAAAAAAGAAAAGAAACUGGAGCGCAAUCGAGACUCUGCGCGUGAAAGCCGCAAAAAACAGCAAACGUAUGUCGAAACACUCGAGAACGGCAUUAAGCGCUUGCAACUUAAUCGUGAUUAUGUUCGAACGUACCAGUGGGGUGUCAGUGGUCCAGCUUUUGGUACCCUUCCAAGCCCGGACUCGCCACAAAUGUUUGAUUGGAAAAAUCGCAUUGAAAUCGUGACUGGUCAAACAGAGGCCUUCGAAGCGAUUGAAAAUCCCGCAACUUUUCAGUCACUUAUGCGACUUAAUCGACAGCGCCGUACUCUUGCGAUGCAGUACGAUGCAAGGCAGCGAGCUGUGUGGAAAAGCUUUGUGUUUCUUGGGCGCCAACUGGUUGCAAUGCGCACUCGAGUGCUGCAACUGCAAACGCUGCGUAAUUUUCCAAAGAACCCUUUAGCAAAAGAGUUAGAUGCGUUGCUACAAUUAACAGCCGACCAGAAGCUCCAGCUUCAGUGCCAUGCUGAGCAGAUAUUCAAUCAAGAGGUUUUAGAGCUGUCAAAGCUUUUUAAGAUAUUCUUUGCGCUGCGAAAUGAAGCCCUUCGACUGAACAUGAUACUACCGUUGCUGGAGCUUAAUUUUCGUGAAACUUGCUCGUUUGACCAGCUGCAGACUCUUUCUCAAUGGACAGAAACGCAUCAUACUGUCAUUCAAACGGGACUUACCUUAGAUACUGUUUAG